UGAAAGUCGCUGGCACUGGAAACAUCGUCGGAGGGUAUAAUCCAUUACCUUGGAAAUCUACUCAUCAAUGGUUAUUCACUACCGAAAGUUUUAUUUUUUCCUUGGGCAUAGAAGGAAAAGGAGUGGACGGGAAAGGCAUCAAAAAUUCUAUAUUAAGCAGGGUGACAAAGUAUGACGAGGCGAUAUUUGAUGGAGACGACACAUCUGCGAACUUUGGAUUCGGAUAUGACCUGUGGUGGUUCGGUGGUCGGGGGGACAAUAGGAAUUAUAAGGAAAAAAUUUUGGAUAGCGUCCAAUUUAAGACUGAGGAUUAUGAAGUAUUCGAGGUUAUUAAAAAAUGA